GGGAGGGGCGGAGCGAACGGGCGGGAGCGCGCGCUGGGCCCGCCUCAGCUGCUGCCGCCGCCGCAGCAGCCACCGCUGCCGGGGAAUAAUCUGGGCGGCAGCGGGCGGCCCCGGCUAGCAGCCACGAGCCACUUCUGCGGCUGCCGAGAAGAGUGAGGGUCGCCGGUCUCGUGUCGUCCCCCUCUCUGCCCCCCCGGAGGGGCAAGAGGGAGCCGAGGCUGAUGUCAGGAGAGCAGCCGGGCUGCCGCGCCGCCCCAGCGCCCAGCGAGCGGGCGCCUUCCGCAAGUGCCGGGGGACUUCUUCAGGGCUCUCUUGGACCAGCAGAAAUACAUUUUCGGGAAAUGGCCUCUAAAUCUUGGCUGAAUUUUUUAACCUUCCUUUGUGGAUCAGCAAUUGGAUUUGUUUUAUGUUCUCAGCUACUUAGUAUUUUGUUGGGAGAACAGAGGGACCUCCAGCCUAAUAUUCUUCAUAAUGAUCCUCAUGCUAGGCAUUCAGAUGAUAAUGAACAGAAUCAUCUAGAAGGACAGAUGAACUUUGAUGCAGAUGCUAGCCAACAUAAAGAUGAGAACACUGACAUCGCCGAAAACCUCUAUCAGAAGGUUAAAAUUCUUUGCUGGGUAAUGACAGGGCCUCAAAAUCUAGAGAAAAAGGCUAAACACGUCAAAGCUACAUGGGCCCAGCGUUGUAAUAAAGUGUUAUUUAUGAGUUCAGAAGAAAAUAAAGACUUCCCUGCUGUGGGAUUAAAAACCAGAGAAGGCAGAGACCAACUAUACUGGAAAACAAUUAAAGCUUUUCAGUAUGUUCAUGAUCAUUAUUUAGAAGAUGCUGAUUGGUUUAUGAAAGCAGAUGAUGAUACAUAUGUUAUAUUAGAUAACUUGAGAUGGCUUCUCUCAAAAUACAACCCUGAAGAACCCAUUUACUUUGGGAGAAGAUUUAAGCCCUAUGUAAAGCAGGGCUACAUGAGUGGAGGAGCAGGAUAUGUACUGAGCAAAGAAGCCUUGAAGAGAUUUGUUGAUGCAUUUAAAACAGACAAAUGUACGCAUAGUUCCUCCAUCGAAGAUUUAGCACUGGGGAGAUGCAUGGAAAUUAUAAAUGUAGAAGCAGGAGAUUCCAGAGAUACCACUGGAAAAGAAACUUUUCAUCCCUUUGUACCAGAACACCAUUUAAUUAAGGGUUAUCUGCCUAGAACCUUUUGGUACUGGAAUUAUAACUAUUAUCCUCCUGUAGAGGGUCCUGGUUGCUGUUCUGAUCUUGCAGUUUCUUUUCACUAUGUUGAUCCUACAACUAUGUAUGAGUUAGAAUACCUCGUUUAUCAUCUUCGUCCAUACGGUUAUUUAUACAGAUAUCAACCUGCCUUCCCUGAGAAGAUGCUAAAGGAAAUAAGUCAAACAUACAAAAAUGAAGAUACAAAAGUAAAUCAGGAGCCCUUGAAAGAAAAACAUAAAUGAACAGAGGUAAAAUGUCUAACAUUGCACUGAAGAAGAACUUCUCCAUUUCUGAUAUAGAACACUGGAAUCCCAGUGAGGAAUUCUUUCUAAGUGAACAUUCCAUAUUAGAAAUUUUUCAUAUGAAUGACUGUAAACUGAAGCUUUAAGUGAGCUGUGAAGUCUGUUGAAAUGUGUUUUGUUACAGUAAUAUAUAUACGUAUAUGAAAAACUUGUGUUUUUAAAAUGGUGGCCAGGCAGAGGAACUAGAAGAGAUUUUGUUGCCUGUUCCUGACCACAUGUAUUAUUUUCACUGAGAAACUAAAACAGUUAAAAUUUGCUAAAACUACACUGCACUGUUGUUAGUAACCCACACACGAUGCUACACAGAUCUGCCUUAAAGAAAAUUUAGAAGGAAAUAUUGUUGCUCAGUGUUCUUUGUAAACUCAAAACCUGAGUUUAUAUUUGCAGUAUGAUAUAAAUGAACCAACCCCCCCCCACGCACACACACAUGCAACUUUUGUCUAAUGAAAAUUUUGCUGUGACUAUAAUUGGCAGUAUUUCUUCCAGAAUAAGGUAGACUAAGAAUGGCACUUGACCUAAAGUGCAUUAAUAAAACCACAUUUUGAAAUUAUCAUGGGCCUUGACUGUAUUAUAUACUUGGUUCUAAUUAAUAGUUAAUCUUUUACUGAGU